AUGCCGCCGCUGCAUUUUGAGGGGGGUGGCCGCAAGUUCCAGCGGUGGCAUAUCUCGUCAGAUGACCUGCCGCUGCCGGCUGCGGCCGGCCUGCUGUUCCACGGCGGCUGGUGCGUGCUGAUCCUGGUGCAGUUCCUCGUCGAGGGGCCGCCCGUUUCGUGCGCCCAGAGGGCAUGGGCGGAGUCCUCCACCUACCUGCUUCUCGCCAGCUUCUUCCUCACGGCCUGCAUGCAGGCAUGGCUGUUGGCGGAGUCGCUGAAGGGCAGCAUCAUGGACGAACACCUGCGGCGCCGAGUGCCGGCCGCGGCCGCGGCGUGCCUGGCCUGCUGGCUGCUGGAGCUCGCGGCUCUUGUGUUUGCGACGGCGGUGUGGGUCACGCGGUUUGGCGCGGCCGGCCAGCCGGACCCCGUGGGCGGCAUGCUCGACCCGUGCCGCCUCGACCGCGGCAUCAACGACGGCGUGCUGGCGACGGCCCUCAUCGCUUCCACUUGGUCGGCGCUGCUGGUCAUGGCGCUGCUGGUGGUGCUGCUGUACAAUGUGUACCCGGACCAGAACCUCCAGGGGUGGGCAGACAG